CAACCGUUGGAGAGUUGGUUUUUCUAUUUAAAAAUCAACAGUUCACACUAUUUGGGUAUCAAAAAAAUCACAGUUUGAAAAACCUCGUCAAAUCAUUCAUAUCUAAAACAUUUUCUGGGGAGCAAUAUCCAAUCAGGCAUGGGGUUCGAUAUUAACUACAUUAUCGGCCAUGUCGACGAGGAGUUGAUUUGUCCGAUAUGUACCGAUGUGCUCGAGACGCCUGUGCAAUCGCUUCACUGUGAGCACGCCUUCUGCAAGGUCUGUAUCGAGAAGUGGAUGGUGCUAAAGAAACAGUGCCCCGUGGACCGGUCCGAACUGUUGCCGAGCCACCUAGCGCCGGCCUCGCGGCUCAUGCGCAACAUGCUCGGACGCCUCCAGAUCAGGUGCCCCUUCUCGGAGAACGACUGCCCUUUGAUAAUGGCGCUGGACGACUUCCGCGCCCACCUGCUUAUCUGCCAGUUCAAUCCCAAGGCCAUAGUCGAGUGCAAGAUCUGCCUUAUGAUGGUGCCCAAGGACGAGCUGCCCGAUCACAACUGUAUCAUCGAGCUGCGGAAGAUUGUGCAGGACCAGGCGAAGGAGAUAUCAGUGCUCAAGCGCACCCAGGUGGAUCACGAGAUACGAAUCGGGGUCCAGAUACGCGAGCUGGAGUUGCUUCAGUACUACUUGGCAGCACUGCGCUCAACCAGUCCCGUUAUGCGCAACGUUGGGAGCCAGCUCGACGGCUACGCGGUGUCCCACUGGUGCGCCGGCCUGCCCACGGCACGGGUGAGCAACUGGGGUAGUGUGGUCUCCACGCCGGACAACGACAUGCACUUUUUGGUCAGAAACAGCCUGCGAGCCAGCGGCUGUCCAAUGCACUUGCUCAACACGAUGGUGGAGCAUUGCCACGAGGAGCGCUGGCCCUCCGCCAUGGCCACCCUCCAGCGCCGUCGCGCCAACCAAACUCAAAUGACGCACUUUGUCAGUAGACUGAUUAGGCCCCUCUCAUCGGGCAGGCUGUGUCUGUGUAUCUUUGGACCCGACAACUACCAUAUGCCCGAAAACUUGCGACCAUUAUUGGGCAUAACAAUGAUAUUCGUUGAUGGCGUGGAGCAGGCGCCCCUUGACAGCGUGCACCUCUAAGAGGAACAUAAUACAGGUGGCAGGGGUGUUUGCUCCAUCGUAUUCCAAUUCAAAAUUUCAUUUUGUUUCUAUUUGAAUAUCGUUGCUUUGGAGCCAAUUUACGAUUCUUACACCAUACACAUUCAGUAAGCAAAACCAUAGAACCACACCGGUCAAAUUUUUGAGUACAUUUAAAUCAAACAGA